UGGUUCCUUUGUGUGUCAGUCAGAGGAAGUCAUAAAGGUGUUGUUCUCCGUCUUUGACAGGUAUGUCGCCAAUCAAGGGCCGCGGCGACAGACCCGGGGCGACAGUUUGUUAUGUGUAGUUUUCACGGUUAAAUGUGAUGAGAUGCUGCUUAGUUUUAACGGUAACGGGGGCCUCGACACAGCUACACAGGACGGACGGAACUGAACCCUGUGAAAGUAGCCUAGCAGCCUGCUAGCCUACCGCUGAGGAAACCAUUGUUUGAGUUGUUGGCUAACAUGGCAACGAAAGCUACCGUUAGCAGCGUCGGCUAGACGGGCUUCUCCAUCGUGUUGCAGCCGACACUGAUGUGGUCGUCUUGCAUGAUGCGUGAUAGUCGUGAAGCCACUGAGCAGUCUCUCUCUCCCUCAUCUGGGGGCGCCCCCCCAAUUUCGCCAUCUUCCUAAAGUCAAUCUCCCACCCUGCCAAGAUGACCGACAGGAAGGAGCCUCCCUUCUUCAAUGACGACAGUGUGGGAGCGUUUCAGUAUAAGCUCCCUUUCUAUGACACUAUGGAGCUCUUCAUAGAGACACUGACAGGGACCUGUUUUGAGCUGCGUGUGUUGCCCUUUGAGGCAGUCAUUUCAGUCAAAGCGAAGAUCCAGAGGUUGGAAGGUAUUCCUGUUGCCCAGCAACACCUUAUUUGGAACAAUGUGGAGCUGGACGAUGAACAUUGUCUACAUGACUAUGGCAUUGCGGAGGGCUGUACUUUGAAGCUGGUCUUAGCUAUGAGAGGAGGCCCGAUUAACACCAGGAGGGUAACCAUGGAGGACCCAGUCAAAGAAGUGGCUGACCUGAUGGACAGCACAAAGGAGGAAGGCUGGGAGAAAAAUCUGGCUAAUAAGCAGGUCACGUUUGUGGUCUGUCGUGAGGGGGACCAGCUAAAUGUCUUCCGCGUGGUCGACAGGGGAGAUGGUACCCUGACCCCUCUGUCUGAAUCUCUGAGUGGUGGCUCAGUGUUCAACGUGUAUGGCGAGGAGGCUGGAGAGAGUUCUGCAGCUGCACAGCAGAGUCUUGAGAACUCCAUCACCAUGACCAAAAUGAAGCUGCUCAAAGCUAAGAUGGAGGACAUGAACCUUAACAAAAAGAAGUCAGCAAAGGUAAAACCGCGGGCUCCUGUCAGCCCACAUCCCUGUUGCAGUUCUUAUGGAACUUCCAGCACACGACACCAUCAUCGCCUCUUGCGUUCACUCCCUCAGAUCAACCAGCCUUGGCAGUCAAAUGCCCCUCUACCUCCAAUUGUAGACCAUGAAUCCGUGGACCCCACUCUGGCCUCUCCUGCUGCGACCUCUGCCCAUUUGUCCAUCCCUAGACGACCACCCCCCUCUUUCUCCUCACCCUCUUGUUAUAUGCUUCAGGAGGAGGAGCCGUGGGAGACAUGCCCACCUUUUGCCAAGAUUCGCCCCCCUCCUAAAGUGUCCCGGUUGGACAUUGGAAGCACCAGGUUGAUGAGGGACUGUGUAUACCCUCAACUCCCUCCAUUGUGUACCAGGGGGCCACCUGACACCACAUUUGACCCAGUUGAUCCUGCAGGCGAAGCAGUUGGGCUGGGUUUAUUGGAGGAAACUGUUGGGCUUGUGGCACCAGCUCAACCUGGCGCUCCAUUUGGGGACUUGUCAGACCCUCUGAGUCUGGACGUGUCCACCCAGCCAGAGGGAGGUCAUCAGUCCCACAAGGAUGAAGCUCAGCACCAACUGCCACACUCCCCUUCUCCAAUUAGUCCCUGGACAUGUGGGACAAGUGAAACACUCAACAGCAGAGCUGAUGGGACACAGUUUAGCACAUCCUUUCAUAUCAGCCCUCCCUCGCCAUUACCAGCCUCCACCUCACUGUCACCUUCAGCCAGACUGCUGUCUCAGCCUUUUGAUUCCACACUUUCCUGUUUACAGCCUAAUCUUCAAGCACAAUCCUCAGUGAAACAAGGCAGCACAUCUCCUCUCUCUUCAACCACCUUGUCAACUCAUCCAACACGCAUUCGUGGUGUUAAAGUAGAGUCACCUGGCAAAAGGCCAGAGCUCAUCUCUAAGAGAGAAGCAAGAAACAUCACUAAAGUGGCAAACCAAGCAUAUAAGGAGCCACUGGGAUCGCUAAACAGCUCUGAGCUCUUGGCUUCUCUCUUCAAAAGGGCUCCAGACAUCAGCAACAGCAGGGACUGUCUUGGAGAGAGCCUGGGACUUGCACUGGCUUUGUCUCCAGCCACUGCCUCAGGACAGGGUAGCCUUGGCUCCAGGCUGCCAUCCAUCCCGGCUAACAGGCUUCUGCAGGAUGAUCACAUAAGGCAAAUGUCACCAUUGCCCCCAGCAUCAGCCUCUUACAUGACCACCAGCACUCUUGCAUCAGCUGGGGCAGUCAUGACUUCAUUUGGGACUAUAGGCACUCCAACAUACCACCUACCUCCAGUCAAGACUCCCACAGGCACCAAGAAGAAGAGCUCAAAGCACUGCUUCCUCUGUGGCAAGAAGACUGGGCUGGCCACCAGCUAUGAGUGCAGGUGUGGUCAUAACUUCUGUGCAGUUCAUCGGUACGCAGAGACACAUGACUGCACUUACGAUUAUAAGGGUGCCGGGCGGCGCUUUCUGCAAGAGACCAACCCCCUGAUCAGUGCUCCGAAGCUGCCUAAGAUCUAAACCUUCAACCGUCUCCUCUCACAGGGGAGGAUGUGAAGAACUUCAAGUUAAACUUAAAGGAUGGAAACGAUUCUGCAGAGGCAUUUCUAAAGGAAAGAAGGAACUCUUACACCACUGUGUGCUCUUUUUAAUCAGCCAAGUUUGCUUAAAAUUUAAAUAAAAUAUUCUGUAAAGCCAAGUGUGAACAAACCAGUGGACUGAAACGGCACAGAGCUAAUUAUCACCUCUUGAUAAUGUGAACAUAUGUAUCCUUUUUUUAUGUUACCCUUUUUUUUUUUCCUUUUUAAAUGAGAAAAAAAUAAUCUGUGCAUGUAUGUAGGUAGUUUUUGCUAAAUAUAUCUGCUGCACGUUCAGACAUACCUAUUUUAGGCUUUUGUUUUUGUUUUUUGUCUUUAAAAUUGGGACCGCUGACUUUAUCUGACAAGUCUUUGAGAGAUGCACUUUAGAACUAUGAUAUUUAUAUAUACUGACUUUCCUUAUUGUGAGGGAAAGGUGGCAUACAUUUGUGUUUGUCUUACUGUUUCUUGUCCUUUUCAAGUUUUUUUUCAUAUAUAUAUCUAUAUUCUGCACAUUUUAAAUAUCUUUCUUACAUGGGCACAUACAUACCGGCAUCACUAAUGAAAUCUUUCUGAAAAGAGAACCGUACACCCACUUAAUGAUGAAAUACUUAAUAUUUAUUAAUGAUUUAUUUAAUUAAAGGUUGGUUUUAAAAUAGGGUUAAGUAUGCAGUGUGUGUAGGUGUGGAUGUCAGUCAUCUGUUUGCCUAUUGAGUAAACUGUAUUAGGAGUGGGUGUUUGGUUUUGGUAUUUGUGUCUACAGUGAGGUGGUUGCCAUUUAAAAAAAAAAAAAAAAAAAUUUGUAAGUCUUUUUUAUUGCUCAGCUGUUUGCAAAAACUUUAAAUGCUCGUAAAGUAUUUA